AUGGAUAUUGUUCUAGAUAUUCUUGAUACUUUUGUCUUUGAUCGAUGCUAUGCAUCACUCCUACCGGAUUCAUCAUUUGGAAACUCUACCUUGGACUUCAAACCGCCAGUCAACCAACAUGUUGGCAUGUACUAUCCAUUGCAAGCAUCUGACCUGGCAUACGCAAGUCUAUGGAAACGAGACGAUCUUGUCAGACAAUUCGUCUCAUUCUUCUUCAUUGCAUUAAUCUUUGCCUGGGCAUUGUACCUCAUCGGUAGCUUCGUCCUCUACCACACCAUAUUCGAUAAAAGAAUGCUCCAACACCCCCGCUUCCUUCCCAACCAAGUCUCCCAAGAAAUCGCCCAAGGUCUCUCCUCUAUCCCAGUGAUUUCCCUCCUCACAGCUCCCUUCUUCGUCGCCGAAAUCAGAGGCUUCUCGAAGCUAUAUGAUUUCAGCAGCGAGUCUCCCUUCUGGGGCUACACGCUUCUGCAGUACCCGCUCUUCAUCCUGUUUACCGAUAGCGGAAUCUAUUGGAUUCAUCGGGGAUUGCAUCACCCGUGGGUGUAUCGGUGGUGCCACAAGCCGCAUCACAAAUGGGUUGUGCCGACGCCGUAUGCUAGUUAUGCGUUCCACCCCCUAGAUGGGUGGGCACAGAGCUUGCCAUAUCAUGUCUUCCCGCUCCUUUUCCCGUUGCAGAAGUGUGCUUAUUUGGGGUUGUUUAUGUUUGUUACUUUGUGGACUGUAUUGAUUCACGACGCGGAGUAUCUGUCUACUUCGAAGAUCAUUAAUGGUGCGGCAUGCCAUACCAUGCAUCAUCUGUACUUCAACUAUAAUUACGGGCAAUAUAUUACGCUGUGGGAUCGUCUUGGAGGGACGUACCGCACACCAGAGGAGGAUGCGUUCAAAAAGAAGCAGAAUGAGGAGGAGAAGGCCGCGAAGGCUUUGAAGAGUGUCAAAAAAGAUAGCUGA